UUCUCUGCUUCUCUCUCUCUUCAGUUUUCCAAGCUUUUGGAUAUCUUCUUCAUCCAUGGCCAUUAGAAUCCAAAACCCCAAACCGUCCAUUUCCAUACACCCCACAAUCACUCCUUUCAAAACCCACUUCAAUUCUCACAACUUGUUCAUCACCAUUCCUCCGAGAACUGGUGUCCUCCAAAUCCAACCCCCGUCUCUCUCAAUCACCAGAAGAUCGUUCCUUCCUUCGGUUUCCGGUAUCUGGGACGCCAUAACUGGCGGCAACAACGCCCGCGAAGCCAUUCAAGCAAUUCGCCGUGGAAUGUUGCUCUUUAGACAGGGUGAUGUUUCUGGAUCUUUAGUGGAAUUCGAUAAGGCCAUUGAGCUGGACCCUCGUCAAAAGGCAUAUCUUUGGCAAAGAGGGCUUUCACUUUACUGUGUUAAUAGAUUUGAAGAAGGGGCAGAGCAGUUCCGGAUAGAUGUAGCACAGAACCCGAAUGAUACAGAGGAGUCCAUUUGGUGUUUUAUCUGCGAAGCUCAGUUAUAUGGUGCUGAUGAAGCAAGGCGACGAUUUCUUGAGGUUGGAAGAGAUCCAAGACCUGUCAUGAGGGAAGCUUAUAAUAUGUUUAAAGAUGGUGGAGAUCCAGAAAAGGUAUACAGUUCCUUACAAACUGGUAUCAGAGCCAUACGAUCCAUGGCGCCCAAACCGGCAGAUACGGAGAGGCUGGUCGCGGCAGAGAAGGGGCUGACGGCGGCAUAG